CGCUUGACACUUCCUGUUUGUACUCAGCUGCUAGCUUAGCCUCGAACAGUGUCUGAAUCGGUGUGGCUCUCGACUCUCCACCAUGAAUACGGUUCUGUCCAGAGCGAACUCUCUGUUCGCCUUCUCUUUGAGCGUCAUGGCGGCUCUAACGUUUGGCUGCUUCGUCACCACUGCCUUCAAAGACAGAAGAGUUCCUGUGGACGUCCACGUCUCCAAAGUCAUGCUGAAGAAUGUUGAUGACUUCACAGGACCCAGAGAGCGCAGUGACCUGGGUUUCCUCACCUUUGACCUCUCAGCUAAUCUGCAGCCAAUUUUCGACUGGAACGUGAAACAGCUUUUUCUUUAUCUGUCUGCUGAGUAUGCCUCAAAGAGUAAUUCUCUGAAUCAGGUGGUGCUUUGGGAUAAGAUCGUCCUUCGAGGUGAAAACACCAAGCUGAACCUCAGAGACAUGAAGUCGAAAUACUUCUUCUUUGACGAUGGGAACGGACUCAGAGGCAACAAGAACAUCACUCUAUCGCUGUCAUGGAAUGUUGUUCCCAAUGCUGGAAUCCUGCCUCUUGUCGCUGGAAGUGGACACGUCAGCCUCCCCUUCCCAGAGAUGUACGAGACCACCAGGAGCUAUUAGACUCGCAUACACUUACAAACACAUCCAUCCAAACACACACACAUACUCACACAGAUGAAACAAGAGCAUUCAGGAGCAGACUGAUGACUAGCACACAAUACAGUUUUUUUUCUUAAAACAUGUAAAUUAAUGUUUGGUUUGUAAUGAAAGUUGAGAUUGGAACAUGACUGUCUUUGUGAGGAUUUUUUAAAUAACAAAUGCAAGUAAAAUGUUGAUAAAGGGUAAUCAUCGCAAAUAAAAAGCAGACAUUCUCACUUAUUUACACGCAGACAUGUCUGAAUUCAGCUGUGAUAGAAUGUGUAGAGCUCCUGUUUAUACUCAUGUUAAAGCCAAUUCAGUCCUACGGAGCAGGUUCAAGAUACUUUAAUAGUCUGUAAAGGUUGGAACAAGUGACAUGUCCAGAAUCUCUCAGAUGACAGGACUCUGACAUCUGCAGCUCAGUUCAGGAUUUGAUCUUUCCAUCGACGCAAAUGUCUGCAUGCUACACAUCAGGGAAAUAUAUAUAUUCUCUGAAGCCAUGAGGGGGAAGGUAGCUCUCAUGAGAUCUCCCAAGAAUUAUAACGAUUCAGACCCUUUGAAACAACCUGCACAGUGAAUCUUUCAAAGUGUCAAAGUGUACGGAGCUGAGGAGCUGGAUUCAUGCUCUGCCCGGCCUGUGAGUCACUGCUGCUUUGAUGAAUAAAGAACUGGAUACAGUA